GAAUUGCUGAUAGUUGUUCGUUUUUGGGAAUUACUCACGAGUUCUAAGUGUAAGUGUGAACUGUGGAGGAAUUUCGACCGUAGCAUUCAAAUUAGCGGCCAUGGCAGUUGCAGUGAACUACUGCAACUCUUCCGCCUUUCUGGGUUACUUUCCUUCUGAAAAGUUGAAGUCCAGAGACUUGAUUAGCCCUUCAGCUCAAGCAACUAGAAUUAAUGGGCUCUUUUGGGGAGCUAAAAAGUCAACAGUACCAAAUGAAAUUGAUUAUUCAUUGGGAGAUUUUACUUUGUCAGGGACAGGCCCAGAGGGAGGCUCAGUUUCCCAUUCAAAACCUACAAAGUUGUCUCUUUCAGUUGUUUCGUCUAUUUCAGAGGUUUCAGCCAGUGACUGGGAUGCUUGUGCCCUGGAUAGUACUGGCCCUGAAAAAUAUAAUCCAUUUCUAACCCAUGGGUUUCUUUCAAGCCUGGAGGAGACAGGUUGUGCUGUGAAGGAAACUGGAUGGAUGCCUCGCCACAUUGUGGCUAAGGAUGAAUCGGAAAAUAUUUUAUGUGUUGUUCCACUUUAUCUUAAAAGUCAUUCCUAUGGCGAAUUUGUUUUUGAUCAUUCCUGGGCUGAUGCAUACUACAGUUUUGGUGCAAGAUAUUACCCAAAACUACAAUGUUGUGUGCCUUUUACCCCAGUGACUGGUCCAAGGAUUUUAAUCCGUAACACAUUAUUCAGAGAUGAAAUCUUUGACAUUCUAAUUUCUGCUUUGAAGGAUAUGACAGCCAAGUCUCAGCUUUCGUCACUGCAUAUUACCUUCUCAUCUGAAAACGAAUGGCAAAAACUAAGUGAUGGAGGAUUUCUGCAAAGGAUUGGAAUGCAGUACCAUUGGAAGAAUCGUAAUUACAAAAAUUUUGAUGAGUUUUUAAUGGAUAUGAAGCAAAGUAAGAGGAAAAAUAUUCGUCAGGAGCGCAAAAAGAUUGUGGCUCAAAAUUUGACUAUGAAACGUCUCCGGGGUUAUGAAAUAAAGGCUAAGCAUUGGGAUUCAUUCUAUUCAUUCUACAGGAACACGACUGAUAACAAGUGGGGCACCCCUUAUCUCACUCGGGAUUUCUUUCAUAAUAUGGCCUCUAAGAUGGGAGAUCAGGUGUUAUUAGUUACUGCAGAGGAAGGUGAUGAAUUUGUUGCUGGAGCGCUCAACCUCAUUGGUGGAGAUACUUUAUUUGGGCGGCUGUGGGGUUGUCACCCUAGAGCAUACUAUCCAAGUUUACAUUUUGAAGCUUGUUAUUAUCAGGCAAUAGAAGCAGCUAUUGAACUUGAUCUUGACACAGUAGAAGCAGGAGCUCAGGGUGAGCAUAAGAUUCAACGAGGUUACAUGCCUGUGACUACUUAUAGCUGUCAUUAUCUUACGGAUGAAGGUUUCAGGAGGGCAAUAGAUGACUUCCUAGUGCGUGAAGCAAAUCAGGUUAAGGCUGUGAUAAAGCUAUUGCAUGAUUCUGGACCCUUUAAAGAAGGCAUAUAAAUUUAGGCCAGCCAAAUAAAUACUGGAUGGAAUGGAGGAUUCCAAGGUGAAAGAGGGGAUAUUGCUAAAUCAUCACAUUUUAUAUAGAUGAUUAUCAGAUAAUCAGAUGGGAUGCUUCCUGAUUAAAGUCAGUGAAGAGUUAAAAUGACUGUACAGAGACUAAGUUAUAGAAACAUGGCUUUCUUAAUGGAAAAAGUUCUCGAACUUUCUUUGGGCCACCUGAAGAUCUGCAUUAUUGACUCUUACUAUUUGCAUAUUUUUUCAGCUACAGCUACAUAUAUCUA